UGCACAUGAACAUUUGCAUCAUAUCGUACACGUGUACGGUAAGCGUACCGCGUACUGUACCUACAUAGGCCUACACAAUCCUACAGGAUCACAGUGUAUAUAAUUAUAGACUCUGGAUGUAAAUCUUUGUAGCUACGAUUGAUUGUCAGAGUAUUUUGUUUCUAGAUUUGUUGCUUCACUCACUUGACAAUGGCAGAGCACGUUGAUACUGGCAAUGCUGACCUGGACAAGGCUAUAAAACAAUGGCUGGAAUGGGAUAAGAAUAUGGCAACCAGACAAGAGGUCACAGAGCUUCUGAAUGACCACAAUGUCGCAGAGCUGCAGGAGAGAUUUGGAACCAGGAUCCAGUUUGGAACAGCAGGUUUGAGAGCUGCUAUGGAGGCUGGUACAGCAAGAAUCAAUGACCUUAUCAUCAUUCAAACAGCUCAGGGUCUCCUAAGAUACAUGGAAUCCACCAAUCCAGAAUGCAAAUCACAAGGUGUCGUUGUCGCAUACGAUGCAAGAUACUCCAGUGAUAGGUAUGCUCACUUAACUGCUUCUAUUAUGCUACGGGCAGGUAUACCCGUCUAUCUCUUCUCAGGCAUAGUGCCAACACCUUUUGUGCCGUAUGCGAUUCGAAAGUAUGGCUGUGCUGCUGGUGUCAUGGUAACACCUUCCCACAAUCCCAAGGGAGACAACGGGUACAAGGUUUACUGGAACAAUAGUGCUCAGAUCAUCAGCCCUAUUGACAAAGGAAUCGCCAAAAACAUUGAUGAAAACUUGGAGCCAUGGUCGGAUUCCUGGGAUACAUCCAUCUUAACAAGAAGCAAACUAUUGACGGAUCCUUAUGAUGAUGUACUAGAUGCUUAUAUCCAAGACCUACAACAAAAGUGUCUACAUAGAGAAAUCAAUGAGAAGACACCACUGAGGUUCACAUACUCUGCCAUGCAUGGCGUAGGUACCAAGUUCAUCUGUGCUGCAGCCAAAUCCUUUGGAUUCCAACCUUUGGUAAUGGUGAAAGAACAGGUUGAACCUGACCCUGAAUUCCCCACCGUCAAGUAUCCCAAUCCCGAAGAAGGAAAGAGCGCCCUCGAUCUGUCCAUGAGUACGGCCGAAGCCAACGGCAGCUCCGUCAUCAUCGCCAACGAUCCUGACGCGGACAGGCUGGCGGUGGCAGAGAAGCAGGGGGACGGACAGUGGAAGAUAUUCACAGGAAACGAGCUUGGGGCACUCUUAGGGUGGUGGUGCUACUCCUGCGCUAAGCAACAGAAUGGAUUGGAAUCAACAGAUAGUGAUUUGUACAUGCUUGCCAGUACCGUCUCAUCAAAGUUAUUGCAGAAAAUGGCAGAAAAGGAGGGCUUUCAAUUUAUGGAAACGUUGACUGGCUUCAAAUGGAUGGGAAACAAAGCUGUCGAUCUGAUCAAAGAAGGAAAGAAUGUUGUCUUUGCUUUUGAAGAGGCAAUAGGGUUUAUGUGUGGGACUAUGGUUAUGGACAAGGAUGGCAUCAGUGCAGGGGCAAUGGCUUGUGAAAUGGCGGCAUAUCUCAACUCUAUCAACCUCACAUGCACAGAAAAACUGGACGAAAUCUAUGAAAAGUAUGGUUACCAUGUCUCGAAGAAUUCCUAUUACAUCUGUCUCCAACCUGCAACAAUGCAAGCCAUGUUUGAGAGAAUACGAACUUUGAACCAAGGCUCGUAUCCUGAUUCAAUAGGUGGCAGUAAGGUGACAUCAGUCAGAGAUCUGACCACGGGCUAUGAUAGUUCUCAACCUGACAAACGAGCUAUCCUCCCUGUCAGUAAAUCAAGUCAGAUGAUCACCUUCACGUUUGAUAACGGUGUGAUAGCAACCCUAAGAACCAGUGGAACAGAACCCAAGAUCAAAUACUAUACCGAGAUAUGUGCAGAUGCUACACAAAGAAGUAAGGAGGAAAUUUCCAAUGAGCUGAGUAAGUUUGUUAACACCUUAGUGGAGGAAUUACUCCAGCCUGAGAUGAACAAACUGAUUCCCAAAGGCGAUUGAGGGCGCUGUAACCCUUACACAAAAAGACGAAUUUCACCUUAAAUUAUGCAGCCACCAACGAUGUUGUUGCCAAGGGUGUCAAAUGUAUUCCAAUCACUAAUUGUUUGAUGGGGAUUUAAUCAACAGUAUGGUAUAAAGUAUAGAGAGCAGUCCAAAUCUGGACCCUGUUUCACAAA